UCCAUCUCAAGUCAUACCUGGAACUCCUCAAAUUUGUAACGAAAUGACUAUUCAGAAAAUUAUUUUGCAGCUGGCAGCUUGCUCAGCAAUAGCCCAUGCCCAAUCUGCCAGUAUCGGACUGGGAACGAAUCCUGAUGCUCAAGGCGCCACUGAAGAAGUAACACCUGGUGCAGGUCCUAACGGAUCCGAGGACUGGCUUAACAGUGGCAUGGAAGCGGACGGAUGGACAGCGCCCUACCUUUCCUGGGACUCCCUCAUCAAAAUCGACCGGAAAACCUUUUAUGCGAACGCUGGAUCCGCGUGUGAGCAGUACGAUUGGGCUUUCCAGCAAGCCGGUGAUAAGCACCAAAUCGAUCCUGUGUUCCUCGCUUUCAUCGCCAUGCAAGAGUCGUCCUGCAACGCCGAUGCUGGUGGCCCAACUCCAGGCCUUAUGCAAGUCGCUUGCGAGAACUACCCGGAUGGGCAGUGCACAAACGACGUAGCAAAGAGUGUCGAUGCUGGAGCUUCGUUCUUGAGGAAGCAGUUGGACGAUAACAACAACAAUGCAAUCAAGGUCAUUGGGAACUACAAUGGCUGGUUCACGUCGGGUGACCAGACGGGACUGAAUGGGGGUAGAGGAUUGUCGUUGGAUUAUCCUUGCUCGGAUGAUGGAAAGGCACAUGGCCAGCCCCAGAAUCUGGACUAUCUCCAGCAGACGCUCAAUGGGUGGUUUUUGGGCUUGAACCCGUAUGGAGACGAAAACUGGCUAGGACAGUAUCACUGCAGUGGUAGCUGUGAUAGUGGACAUGUAUGUUAAACCGGGGAUGGCCGUAUCAAUAUAGUGGAGAAAGAGGGUGGGCCAAAAUGUUGCUUCGCAUGUUUCUGUCCGAACCCCUAUGCAUUCUGGAGUGCGCUUUCAAG